GGGUACCCCGACGGCAUGGUCUCCCAGGCCACGGCCCCGGUGCUCCCCUUCGGCUCGUACCGCCUCGGCGUCCACGGCCGCGGCUCCGACAUCGACGCCCUCGUCGUCGGCCCUUCCUACGUCGACCGCGACCACGACUUCUUCGGCGUCCUGGGCGGCGUGCUGUCCGAGAUGACUGACGACGCCGUGACGGAGCUGCAGCCGGUCCCCGGCGCGCACGUGCCCGUCAUCAAGAUGCGGUUCCGCGGCGUGCAGGUGGACCUCCUCUUCGCCAGCGUGUGCCUGGCCGUGGUGCCCGAGGACCUGGACCUGCGCGACCGCUCCGUGCUCCGUGGCAUGGACCUGGCCACGGUGCGCAGCGUCAACGGCGUGCGCGUGGCCGACGAGAUCCUGCGGCUCGUCCCGGACGCGGGCGCCUUCCGCACCACGCUGCGCUGCGUCAAGCUCUGGGCCAAGGCGCGAGGCGUCUACUCCAACGUCAUGGGGUUCCCCGGCGGCGUGGCGUGGGCGAUCCUCGUGGCGUUCGUCUGCCAGCUCUACCCCAACGCCGCGCCCAGCGUGCUGGUGUCUCGCUUCUUCAAGGUCCUGGCUCCGUGGAAGUGGCCCAACCCCGUCAAGCUCCGGGACAUCGAGCACGACGACGACGAUCUCCGGCUCCUGGUGUGGGACCCGCGGAGGAACCCACGCGACCGGACCCACCUGAUGCCCGUCGUCACCCCAGCCUACCCCUGCAUGAACUCGUGUUACAACGUCUCGCACGCCACGCUGCGCACCAUCACGCAGCAGCUCCAGAUCGGCAAUGCCGUCUGCCAGAAGAUCGUCGCGUCCGGCGCCGGGUGGGGCGCGCUGUUCGAGCCGUUCCACUUCUUCAAGGAGUACAAGAGCUACCUGCGCGUGGACGUGAAGGUCGCCGGGGGCGGCGGGGAGGGCGAUCUACGGGAGUGGAAGGGGUGGGUGGAGUCGCGGCUCAGGCAGCUGGUGAUGAGGGUCGAGACGGCCACGGCCGGCAUGCUGCUCUGUCAUCCCAACCCGCAAGCCUACGCCGCCAAGCCAACUGAUCUUCAGCGCACGACCUCCUUCUUCGUCGGCCUGUCCAAGCCACAGCCACAGCCACAGGAGAAGGAGCAGCAGCAGCCCCAGGUACCGUUCGACCUACGAGAGACGGCGGAGGAGUUCAAGCGCAAGGUGUACAUGUACGUGUCCUGGAGGCCCGGCAUGGAGGUGGAAGUCUCGCACAACAGAAGGAAGGACCUGCCGUCCUACGUGCUGGAGCAGAUCCUCCCAGCCGGCCAUCUCAAGAGGAAACGACCACAAGACGAUGAUCCUUCUCCGUCGUCGUCGCCUGCUUCCGAUGACUCCGAGUCGAGCAGCCGGCACACCAAGAGGGUGGAGGCAGCAAGCACAACCGGAUCGCUCUCUGAUGGCACUAUUGAACAGCGCCUUGUCUGA